UAUCGAUACCACAAAACCCAUCACAGAAACAACUGAUUACUUCCUCCGGUGAGGGUAAGGUACAAGUUUCAUAAACAUGGCGAUGCUUGAGAUUUCAGUUUUGGGUGUUUAAGAAUUUAACCUUAUCCCUGAUAUUUUUCUUUUUCUUGUUGCUGUUACCCAUGGAAGAAGCUUCCUUCCUGAUUUUUCGGUGAUGGUUGCAUCUUUUUUCCGGCAAGAAAAUCGGCGUUUUCUAAUUGUAAUCCGUCGUUUUGUUCCGGUUGGACUCUCAGUUGUCGGUGAUAUAUUCUGGGUCUCUUUUAUCCCCGGUGAUGAUACCAAGUAUCACCCACAAUUCUAUGUCUUUCAAGAACUUGGCACAAGGAUAAUUUGAUGAUUUGUGCAGGAUAUUUUGGAUAAUCUUUUACCGUAACUUCAGUUAUCGGUUAUUCUGCAAUUAAAUAACCAACUUAUCGUUUGAUUUUCCUUAUUUGUUCAAUUCCUAAUCAUUUGCAAUUGGAACUGCUGUGUUUCAUUUAUUGAAAUCAUGGCACAAUUGUUUAAUUAGUUUUUUUUAAUGUUGGUGCCUUCUUUUGGGCAAGAUUUUUUAAUCAUCUGAUUACGGGUAUAACUCAUUUUUGUGAAUUUUCCUCUUCCUCUUCUUCUUCUUCAUCAUAUUUUGAUUUUCUUUUUCUUGUUUUGAUCAACCCCUGCUCCAUUUGAGCCUUUAAAAUUAUUUUUGCCCACCACCUGUUUGAAGAAAUGUCAGUUUCAUUGACUCGAUUUUCUUGGUGGUAUUGGUGUAAUGGGAAAGAGAAAGAACCCACAAUUUCUUCUGGAUCUUCUUCUGAUUCAAUGAAAUUGUCUUCUUCAAAGAAGAAAGGAACAAACUUAACAUCAUCAUCAUCAUCAAAGAAGGUGAAGAAGAAAUGGCAGAGUAGAGAAGAAAGGAAGAGACUAGUGGAUAAAGAGUACGACGUAGUUUUGGUUCCAUCGGAUGGUGUGUGCUUAUCGGAAUCUGAAGAAUCCUCCUAUGAUUCAGACUGGUCUAUUGGGUGGAUGGAGCCUCAUGCCCAUGAAUUUUUGCAGAGUGAUUCAGAUGAUGUUUCAGAUAACAGUUUUGCAGUUUUGGUUCCUUGUUAUAGAAAUGAUUGCAAAGCUUUUAAGAUGGAGGAGGAGCCCAGUAAUCAGUUGUUGUCUGUUCUUAGUAAACUCCCCACUGGUUUCCCUGCUGCUGCUGAGGGCAACGAGUACAUGGAACAGUGGCUUGCUUCUCUUCAGAACUUGUGAGCGGUUUUGGAAAGAGGGAAUUUUGCGAGCGUGCUGAAGUGGGUGGUUUCUUGGUUAGUCAAUCUGUUACUUGGUUUUAUCGUCGGUUUGCUUGUCUAUAGUAUCUAAGAUAUGCCCGUAAUCCGUAAGAAUAAAUAACGAAAAUGGAAUGGAAUCAGCCUUAGAAAAGGAAACAGAACAUUUUUUGAUAUUUUUAUCUGAGAAGGCCAGAAAUGGAUGUUUAUUCUUUUUUGCACAUAUUGAUUCUGUAAAUAUGGUUUAUGUGUAAUAUGAAGUUAUAAAAACUUGUGUUCUU